AUGAAAAUAGAUAACGAUCAGGAAAAUUUUAACCAAUCUGUAGGAUCAUCAAGAAACGUACCAAAAGAAAAUGCAUCGAACAUGUUGUUAUCAGCCUCUAGAGGGAAAAAAGGGAUGUGUAUCAGGAUGGCAUUGAAUCUCAUUCAGGUCAGAUACGUGAGAACUGAGAUUCUCCAAUAG